UAUCUACACUGACAACACAUAUUUCAUGAAAGUGGCCGUCCCUAACGCCACAGUAACGCUAACUCAAGCCGCCGCUAAGAAGGAAUCGGAUCUGGUAGGAACCCGGCGCUUUUCUGUUACAUAAUGGAAGAUCUGUAUAGAAAUCCCCACUGGCUGUCCCUCGGUGGAAGGAUAAUCUUAUUUAACUGCAAACAGACUUCGGUGGCAAAUGACAGGGCGACAAGCGAGUUGGUAUUCCGCAGCUUUUCGUAUGAUCGGGAGGAGAACUCGUUGGCGAAGGCGUGCGAAGGAUCAGCUGUCAUCAGCAGGAAGACACCGGCUCGUGUUGUGAAAUGCGAAUGUGCAGCUGACUCUCGCAGCAGAGUCACAACACCGUGUGUGUUAGUCACCAAGACAUGCUCGAAGAGGGGCACCUUCCAGUACACCCUCUUCACCCUGAACACUUCGAACCAGCUGGAGCCCUGCAUCGACUUUAAACUCCCCUAUAAAUUAAAAGAGCAGGUUUCCAUCCUGCAGGGACCCACAGUGCUGUGGAGCCAUGAGGACAGUGUGUUUUAUACUUCUCUACAGACAGGAGGAGUGAAACAGAUCCCCCUUCAGCUGACACACACGAUUAUAUCAGAGCUACCUCUCCAAAAAGCACAGAUAUUAGUUCUUGGGCAGCAAAGGUCUUCAGAUCAGUGCUCAGAAAAGCAGAUCAGAAGCCAAACCCUUGGAUACACUAUUGAGGAUGGACAAGUUUUUGAUGGCACUGUGGUUUUACCUCAUCCCUACAUCUGCAUCACACAGAGCAUCUUGGUGCUGUCAGUGGAUUGUGUGGACAGUGUGCUGAAGUGUGCAGUGGUUGCUGCUACUUCUCGUCGGCAGCUUGUCUAUUUUGAAGACGCAGCAGUGAAAGAUACGUGUGAACUACCGUUUGAGCAGCCCGAAUGUAUCCAGGUAGUUCACACGGGAAGAAAUGGCUGCUUGUAUGCCAUAUUUUUCCACCAGGGACACGUAUGCACUGUAUGGAAGGAAACAUUUCAGAUCGCCUCCUCCUGGUCCGGAGUGAGCUCCGUCCACGUGGACGACUUCCUGGGAUGUGGAACAGAUCAGAUGCUGCUCUUUUUCACCGAUCAAAGUAAAGUGGGACAGCCAUUGGAAAAAUUUCUCAUCACUGACCUUUGCGGUAUUUCAUAUUCCCGUGGUCAGGACACUGAAGCCGAAAAAACCCCCGCUCCUACAUCAGAGAACUACCUCCUCACUCUUCAGGCUUUAGAGUCCAGACUACAGAGCGGAAUGACCAUUCUUCAAGAGCUUCAGGAAGAGCUGCGGGUGAAGGAGCGAGUUCUGCAGCAGGCGGUCCAAACUCUCACCGACAUGGCGUCAGACCGAGAGACUGCGGUGACACAGCACGAGCAGGAAGGCCUCUUCGCUCUGUGGGAAAGUGAUGACGAGUCAAAGAACGAGGACUCGGAUGACAAGAUGCACGACGCACCACCAGCGCCUUCAAAACCCCGAAUUGAUAAGCUGUGGCAUCGCCUCACCGCGGACCAACUGGUUGUUGGAGUGACGCUAAACUCUGACAGCUCCGAAUCGUUGGCCAGUGUGAGCUUAUCCAUCCUGACAGAGAUGAUGGGCCAGGACUCCGCACCCGCGGUCAUCCAGACCCAGAGCCAAGUGUUCCACCUCCCCUCCUCCUCCUCCUCCUCCUCCUCCUCCUCCUCCUCCUCCUCGGCGUUCGCGUUCCCAGAGCCUGCAGCCAAGAGAAGCAGGCAUCACAAUGCCAGCGGACCCGGUGAUCUCAACACCCGCCGACUGGCUGUGACUGCCGCGACCGAGCUGACACCUCUGCUGAACUCUGCCUGUGUCAAGUGCAGUGUCAUGCUCCAUUACACCCAGAGACAAGACGCCUUGGCCCUGGCCAGCAGCUCACCACCAGCUGUCCUUUUUUGCGGUCAAAUUGAUUUAGACAUUCAUAAUGAUUUUCAGACCCAGCUGCUGAAAAGCCCCGAGCUCAACACAGACGAGGUUCGAGAGGACCUGCUGAGCCUCCUGGCAGUGCUGGAUCUCUGGGUCUUCCACAUAAACUCCCCUGAAUACAGCUUAGGUGAUAUAAACGGCUGGAUUCAGGAGAGGGCGGGCUUCAGGAAGAUCGAAGCGAGCCCUCAGUAUCUGCUGUCUAAUUCUUCUGGACCAUCUGCUGCCAUGGUGCUCCACUGGCAUCAGAUCACCCCGUUCCAGGCAGACCUGUCCAUUCAUUCCAGCAAGUUACAGAUGCUCCAGUUCUUGGACUCGCUGUUGGCUCGUCUCCCGGCCUCCUGCACCAUCCGGCCCGUGAGGGGCGUCGGAGGUCAGGGCGCGGCCCGGACGUUCGCCUUGGCCUUGGAGAAGGAGCUGGAGUCACUCAGGGAGGGUGUGGCGUCGAUGCUCUGCGAAGAAAGUGCGGAGGAGGCGAGGGGGCACGAGGAAAGACCCGAGACCGGCACUGCCGAGGGGCUGCAGAGGUGCCGGGAGGCGUGGCAGCAGCACUCAGAGCGGAGCCGGAAGAGGUUGAGCCCUCUGGUGGAUGCUGGGAGGUACCGUAGACUGAUUCAGAGUGUGUCCAAAGCCCAACUCGACGGGGAUCUGGCAGCUCUUUUAGACAACCAGAGGACUCCGCUCGGUUCAUUCACUGCAGACGUGAACUAUUUUUAACAGAGAAUCCCCGGCCUGAGGAUGAAAAAGGGGGAAACGAACAGAAAACAUUCCCACUCCUUGAUAGUUCUGUGUGUUUGAGAAUCUGCUCGUGUUUAGAGCCAAGCUGCCAGACGGCCUUGUGGGAGUUGAUGUCUAUCCUCUGUCUGCUGCCACGUGGAGCCUCCACCUAUUUCCACUGGAUCACCUCCUGGGUUUCACAGCCUUGAUCUGAUAGCGUUGCCACGCUGCUCUCUGCUCAGCCCAUUCUUCUGCUCGCGUCUCUUCAGACCCCGCCGCGCUCAAAAACACCCUUUUAUGUCUGUUGUCGCCACUGCUGCAUGAUAGUCAGUGAGACAGAGAUCACUUUCAUCCCGGAGCGAGAGAGCGUUUGUUUCAGAAGAUGAGGGGAGCGCCAGGCCUCAUAUCCACGGUGUGUGGCUGUAGUUAACCGAAAGCUUUUAGUGCCACUUUUCUCCCAUGGUGCACUUACUUUGCUGUAAAAUGAUGUAGAACUUAGAUGAUACAGUCCCACGUGGCUCUGCAGUCUGUCAGUGCUGUGGUUAUACCGCCGUUCAUCCAAAUAAGCAUCGGAUCGUACCUGAAAUGACCACCGCCUUGCAGGAUGCACGAGGUCCGCGGCAGCCAGACCAGUGCUGAUGACGACCGUGCCGUUUUUUCCUCUCAGUGGGAGCUAAAAUUUGUUAGUUUUGGGAGUUUCUCCAUCUGUUCCUCCCUCUCAGUCAGAGAGCAAUA